GGCCGGGUGAGCAUUUCGGCGCCAAAGUAUAAACUAAUUCCUGACAGUACAGGAGGUGUCCCGGCUAGUGCUGCUGUCACGAUAUAAUACAAUCGUCCUUCAUAGCAGCCGCCAUGCCUGUGGUAACGGGGACGCAGCUGUCCGGCAUCCGCACGCAGGAGGUGGUGGGAGAUGUCCCGCAGGAUGAGCCCCGCCAUGACGAGCUGCAGUACUUGGAUCAGAUCCGUCACAUCAUGCAGCGCGGUUACCGCAAGGAGGACCGGACCGGUACCGGGACCAUCUCUGUGUUCGGCAUGCAAGCCCGGUACAGCCUGCGAGAUCAAUUCCCUUUGCUGACAACAAAACGUGUCUUCUGGAAAGGAGUCCUUGAGGAGCUUCUAUGGUUUAUUAAGGGUUCUACAAAUGCAAACGAGCUUUCUGCAAAAGGUGUAAAAAUUUGGGACGCAAAUGGCUCUAGGGAAUUUUUGGAUAAACAGGGUUUCUCUACUCGAGAGGAAGGAGACCUUGGGCCAGUGUAUGGCUUUCAGUGGAGGCAUUUUGGUGCAGAAUACAAAGACUUUAAUACAGAUUACACAGGACAAGGAGUUGACCAACUGCAGAAAGUGAUUGAUACAAUCAGAAAUAAUCCUGAUGACAGGAGGAUCAUCAUGUGCAGCUGGAACCCCAAAGAUGUUUCUGUGAUGGCUUUGCCCCCUUGUCAUGCCCUCUGCCAGUUCUAUGUAAUAAACAAUGAGCUGUCAUGUCAACUGUACCAACGAUCGGGAGACAUGGGCCUUGGAGUACCAUUCAAUAUUGCCAGUUAUGCACUACUAACUUACAUGAUUGCGCAUGUCACAGGACUGAAGCCUGGUGACUUUAUUCAUACACUAGGGGAUGCUCACAUAUACCUGAAUCAUGUUGAACCGUUACAAACUCAACUACAAAGAAAACCCAGACAAUUCCCUAAACUGAAAAUCCUACGGACUGUGGAAGACAUUAAUGAUUUCAAAGCUGAGGAUUUUGAGCUUGAAGGCUACAACCCUCACCCCACUAUAAAAAUGGAAAUGGCUGUAUAAUGUAGCUGUGUAUUUUCCAUUAGUAUUCAAUGUAAAUAUUAUAAAAAAUAAAAAAAAAGUUGCUUAGUGUUGUAUUAGCUAAAUUUUAAGCUUGUGUAUAGUGAGGUUGCAGAUGUUCACGUUAAUAAAGUGCAUUAAGUUGUGAUUAUAAAUGUCAUUAAACAAUGGAAUCUUAACAGCUAUUUUAA